ACUUUUAAGAAGUUUCUUUAUCGUGAGCUCGAUACUCUUUACUCAUAUACAAAGGAUUAUCUCUCUCUCCUUUAGCAAAAGAGGCUAAGUGGAUAACUAACUACUAUGUCUGCGCAAAAACGGAUUUGUGUGAUUGGAGCUGGACCAAGUGGCAUGUCGGUCUUAUAUCAUUAUAACAAACUAAAACAAGAAGGAAAAGACGUCCCGCAAAUUGUGUGCUACGAUAAGCAGUCAGACUGGGGUGGUCUCUGGUUGUACUCCUGGGAGACUGGCAUAGAUCAAUAUGGUGAACCAGUGCAUGGAAGCAUGUACAGAGGAAUGUGGACUAACAACCCAAAAGAAGUUAUAGAACUCCCUGAUUACACCUUUCAAGAUCACUUCAAAAAGCCAAUACCAUCUUUCCUUCCAAGAGAAGCAAUGUUUGAUUAUUUGAAAGGUCGUUGGUCACAAAGCGAUCUCCGUCAAUGGAUCAAAUUCAACCAUGUUGUCCGCCAUGUCACCUACAAUGAUGACACUGAUGACUUCUCAGUUGUCGUGAAAAACCUGCCAGAGGACAAAGACCUCCCAGCUCAGAGAUUUGACUACGUCAUCGUGGCUACCGGUCACUUCUCUGUCCCUAACAUACCAUACUUCGAGGGCAUUGAUCAAUUUCCAGGUAGAAUCAUCCACUCCCAUGACUUAAGGAAUGCAUCUCAGUUCAAAGGUGACAGAAUUCUUGUCGUGGGUGACAGUUUCUCAGGAGUUGACAUCGCAAUACAGACUCUUAAGUAUGGCGCAAAAAAUGUCAUCAUCAGCUACAGAACAAGUGCACUAGGAUAUAAAUGGCCUUCAGAGAUUGAAGAAAGACCACUUUUGAACAAGGUCGAAGGCAACACAGUUCACUUCAAAGACGGUUCCAGUGCAGAAGUGGAUUCUAUCAUCUUGUGUACUGGCUAUCGCCAUCAUUUCCCUUUCAUGGAGGAGAGCCUUCGACUCAAAGCCAGUGAUAAAGAGACUUGGUACCCACCAGGACUGUACAAAGGCGUUUUGUGGUAUCCAAGAGGAAACAACAAGUUAAUGUAUAUUGGAAUGCAGAAUCAGUUAUACGUGUUUACCAUGUUUGAUAUCCAAGCAAAGUGGGCAUUGGAAUAUAUCGUUGGCGAUAGAGAGGUUCCAGAUAAAAAGACCAUGGAAGCUGAUGUGGAUAACUGGAAUCAGAGGCUGAACGAAGUAGGCGAUGUUAUUGGAAUACUAGACUUUCAGACAGAAUAUGUAAAGCUCCUUGCUGAAGAAGUAAAAUAUGGCUGUGACGUUGAUUGCGCUCACAUGAUUAAGCAUGAAUUGGUGUAUUCGGUGGAUCACCCCUUGUCUUACAAAGAUACAUGUUACGUCAGUAAUCACAGCGGAGUCAAGUCAAUCAAACACCAUACUUCAUUUAUGGAGGCUUUUGAUGACUCCAUAGAAACGUUUCUUGACACCAAGCAAUAAGUGUCUCGUAUUUUACUUUAUACGAAUGUAUCUUAAAAGUACUAUCUAAGCAAUAAUUAAAUAAAUGUGAACAUCAUUAACAAUUCUUGAUAAUGAUAUUAAACUGACUGUAAAAUA